AAUUUCUGUAAAUAAAGACACACAAAUUUGCUUCUUCUGAUUUUUGAGAGUUUUAACAGAUAAAAGCCCAUAAAAUGGACUUGAAUCUCGAAAUUGACAUCGAAACUGAUGAAAAACCAUUCAAAACGCAACAGGUUUCAAUAACAAAACAAACUCAAUGUCGAUCGUGCCUUACAUUCUCUUCGACGUCAUAUUCCUUGGAUUUUUUGGCUUGUGAAGGCUCAACUUACAAAGAACUGUUCGAAAGAUCUCUCGGAUAUGACAUUCGCCCAUGUGAACCUCAAAAUUUCUGCUAUUCAUGUGCUCAAAAGUUACUUUUGUGGCAGGAAUUCAAAGAAAUGUGUGAUAAAAAUCAGAAAAUUCUGUUAGAAAAGUUCGAUGAUCUUGAAAAAAAUACUGAAAUUGAAGAAAAUCGUGAUGAGGAAAGGAUUUUACAAGAAAGUUACAAGACAAAUCCUUCAUUGUUGGUUGAAAAAGAGCCUGAAAUCAGUAUAAAACAAGAAAUUAAGGAAAAAGAAAAGAAAAAUGACGAGUCUGAGAGUUCUGGAUCUGAAUCGGAAUGCAGUUCAGACGAUUUUGAGAGUGAUUGGUCAGCAGAAAAGGACAAACCUGCAUCGAAAAAGCGGAAAAUUGUUCAAAAACCGAAAAAUAUUGAUCGUCAAGAGCAUGUUGAAUUGACAUUUCCAACUUACAUUCGUCGAUAUAACAGCGAAAACAUAAAAAAUUGUGAAUUUGUCGGAAAUUUCACGAUUGAAGGCAAUUUUGAAGAACUCUAUCAACAAAUUUAUUCCAUCAUCAAGUCCUUCAUCCGCGGAGAAAUCAUUUUUUGUGCAAAAACGGGCGUUCCAUCAUGGAGUCCAAAAAUUACUUUACAUGAAAAGCGUUUUGAUCGCUUCAUCGCGUUCCUUGACUCUCAAUUCGGAAAUCCAUGUUCGAACCCAUCGAUGCGACACUUCCUAAAAUGGCAAAAUUGUCCACUGAAACUCCUGAUUUACAUCUACGGCAAGAAUAUUCGGACCCAACAGCAUUUCCAAAAGUGUGAAAAGUUGCUGAAUAUUCCGAAAACUAAAAAGAAGAAAAAAGAAUCUUAUAAAAAAUUGCACGACAAAAUUAUUUGUUUGAGUGAUUCGAGUUGAUGAGAGUUCAAUA